UAGUGUUCAUUUUGUCUUCGUGUCUCCAUUCAUUUGAUCAAGAGUAUUAUUGUGUUACACCUACUGAACACAGAAACAGCUUGACCAAUCGUGGCCAAAGAGGCUGUCAAAAUGAAUCAAAGACCCCAAAUAUUUCUGAUAUAAGGUGUUCACUUUCUCCAAAAGAAUGCGUUAUGCGCUCUGUCAGAGAGGAGAUAAAGUGUCUCUAAUGCGCCGAGUUGUGGAAACAACUUCUGUAAUCCAUCAUGUGACUCAUAGUAAUAAUCACUCCAUAAUGAAAAGAGACGUCUGUUGUGGAGUAGGAGAGACGGAGGCAGAGAAGGAGAGCCGCUCAACCAGAAGAACAAAACCUCCCUGACAUACACCUCAAACUCCUCCGGGCCUGAUACAGGUGCUUCCUGCGGAGCGGGAAAGAAAGAGACAAGACAAGGUUUUUUUGGAGGGAGAAGUGUAAAACCGUAUGAUGUCCGUUGUGGGCGCCCAGCCUUUCAUCAAACCAAUGCAGUCAUCACCUUCCGUUUCGCCUAUCCAGAGGAGACACACACUUCCCGCAAGCGAAGUCCGGCCGCUCAACACACAAGAUGCCAUAAGCGUCUUUGAAAUCGAGCGGGAAGCAUUUAUCUCAGUGUCAGGUGAGUGUCCCCUUCAUCUGGAUGAGGUGCGUCAUUUCCUCACGCUGUGUCCGGAGCUGUCCAUGGGCUGGUUUGAGGAAGGCCGCCUGGUGGCUUUCAUCAUCGGCUCUCUGUGGGACCAGGACAGGCUCACUACAGAAGCGCUGACUCUCCACAAGCCCUGUGGCUCCACCGUCCACAUCCACGUGCUGGCUGUCCAUCGCACUUUCAGGCAGCAGGGCAAAGGUCCUCUUCUCAUGUGGCGUUACUUGCAGUAUCUCCGCUGCCUGCCCAAUGUGCGCCGAGCGGUACUGAUGUGUGAAGACUUCCUCAUCCCCUUCUACCGCAAGUCUGGCUUCAAGGUCCUGGGCCGCUGUGCCAUCACCGUGGCCAACCUGACCUUCACAGAGAUGUGGUACCCUAUCAGCGGCCACGCGUACAUGCGGCGCAACAGUGAAGCAAUUCGUUUCCCUCAGCAUCCCUUGACUGUGCCACUGACAAAGACUGACGAACAUGUUGAUGUAUGACAUGGUGGUUUCAUCUUUUUUCACUGAGAUGAUAUAUCUGCACAGGUUGUCUUUAAUUUAAAAGGCACAAAAAAAUAAAUAAAUAAAAAAUCAGUGUUUUACUCUUUGUAGGAUGUUCACCACUUGGUGAGUAUUUCAGGGUCUAUUUUGUUGGAUUUUUUCUCUUUUACUUAAACUCGUCAAUCUAUAUUGUGUGAAGUUCUCCCAUUGUGAGAUUGUACAAUAAAAACAAGAAUGUACUAUUCUGUGAUGUAAUGUAUUACACGUAACCAAAUUCACUUUGUUAGGCUAUUCUGUGUAUCGCUCACCUGUGAGAGGAGUACAACAACAACAACUCUGUAUUAUUAUUAACUCUGUAUUAUUUAGGUGUUGCAUUUGUAGUAGACAUUUGGAUUUGUGGCUGUAAGCUGUCUCCUGCUUAGCACCUUUCUGGGCUUCCCACAACUAUGGACUGACGUCAGCGACUUUAGCCGCUCAACCGCAGCUCCUCCAGCUCUAUUAGGGGGCUUUAGCUAUUGCAAACGUCGGAGGAUUUAGAAGAGGAUCCACUCAUCAGUUAGACUGCAGAUCCAACGACCUUACUUAAAUCAACAUAUAUAUUUUUUGGUUAGUGGGGAACAGCUGUUUCAGCUUGUGAAGCCAGAUUUUGUAUUGUGAUUUUUAUUUUAAAGUUAAUUCUCCUUGGGGUCCUGUAUCUGUUACAGUAUC